AGGAGAACGUUUCGCGGCGAUCAUAUCUAAUCGACGUGCGCGUUAAAAGCGAGGUUUACUUCGUCGAUGUCGGUCUUUGGGACAGCUCGGUGACCAGACUCCAUCGGACGAAUCGUUCGCAGAGCGUGACUCCGUCCUACGGAUCGUCCAAGACCACAAUUCCAUGACCUUACGAACAAAUUGUUCACCUCUACGCCCGACCUCGAGCGAUCCCGCCCUCCUCGUCGGUGGCUCUCCGUUCCAAGGAACACGGAAGAUCGUCUGCAAGACUAUUCGAAAUUACAUAACAACCUGGUGACAUCUUUUGGAAGUGCGGUUUUUGUUCCAAGUAUCGCGAUUAUUCGAACCUGGCCAUUGUCUUGCGGCAGCGAAGAGCAAGUCGCGGACGAGGAAACAUUCGGUGAUGGAUUUUCACGCGUUAAUGCAUCAGUGUCUUUUUACGGAAAGGAUAUUGUCGCGGCAGUGCGUUCCCUCGAGGGGAAAGAAUUAGCAAACAGUGAACGAUCGAAGGAAAUUUUAAAUUUUUCUGGAGAAUUCAUCGCACGGACGACAUGGAGAAAUUGGAGAACGGAGUUUAUAUACAAAAUGGUUACGCGAACGAGGCGUUCCAGAUGGAAAAUGUUCAGGGUGAGCAGAAGGGGAACGAUUUCGUGGACUCGGUGAAAUCGAAAGGGUCGAACGAUCUGGAGAAACCACCUGCGGGAACUGACAACCCUAGAGCAGAAUGGGGAGGCGGUCUGGAAUUUUUAAUGGCGUGUAUAGCCACUUCCGUGGGCCUUGGGAACGUUUGGAGGUUUCCAUUCACUGCAUACGAGAAUGGAGGCGGCGCUUUCCUAAUACCUUACAUCAUUAUUCUGAUAUUUGUGGGAAAACCUUUUUACUACUUGGAGGGUCUUCUGGGUCAGUUCACUAACAAAUCGUGCGCAAAGACGUGGGCCAUGGCUCCGGCGAUGAAAGGGUUGGGAUACGGUCAGGCGUUCGCAGCUACAUGCGUAGUCUCUUACUAUUGCUCUUUAAUGGGUUUGACGUUGUACUAUCUCGUAGCCAGUUUUCAACCAGAAUUACCUUGGUCUUACUGUAGGCCGGAAUGGCAGGGUCAGUGCGUCGACUCGGUUCCGAAGGACGACAUCGAGAAUCAGGCCAUUUUUCUAAACAAUGGUACCCUCCGCAGCUCCGCGGAAUUGUACUUCAGGAAAAUCGUUCUGAACGAGUACGACUCCAUCGAGGAUGGCAUCGGGGUGCCAUCUUGGCAGCUGACGAUCUGCCUCUUACUGAGCUGGGUAACGAUAUUCGUUGUGCUGUUUCGGGGUAUAAAGGGCACCGGGAAGGCUGCAUACUUCCUGGCGAUAUUCCCCUACAUUGUCCUGAUCGGCUUGCUGAUCAGGUCGGUGACCUUGGAGGGUGCAGUCGACGGGAUCCUCUUUCUCAUCACGCCGGAUUGGGACAAGCUCUGGCAACCUAACGUCUGGUACGCCGCCAUUACCCAAUGUUUCUUCUCUUUGUCCGUCUGCUUCGGACCUAUCAUCACGUAUUCAUCUUACAACAACUUUGGACACAACAUAAGCAGAGACGUAUUGAUUGUCACUACACUGGACACUUUCACGAGUCUGAUCGCUGGCUGCACAAUUUUUGGAAUCCUUGGGAAUUUGGCGCACGAGAUGGGCACCACGGAUAUAUCGAGUGUGGUGCGAGGCGGUACUGGCCUCGCGUUUAUCUCCUACCCGGAAGCUUUGGCCCGUUUUAGGGUAGUACCACAGCUUUUCGCCGUCCUCUUUUUCGUGAUGUUGUUCGUGCUGGGUAUCGGAAGCGCGGUGGCCCUUGCCGGUGCUGUUUUCGCCGUUCUUUGCGACCACUAUUCGAAAGUGACUCACUGGAAGCUGGUACUUCUGGUUUCUUGUUUAGGAUUCAUCGUCAGUCUCGUAUACAUCACGCCUGGUGGUCAAUGGUUCGUAACGCUGGUGGACUAUUAUGGUGGUACUUUCGUGGCGAUAAUCGUGGGCGUUUUGGAAAUGGUAACGAUCUUUUGGAUUUACGGCGUGUCGAAUUUCCUGAACGACAUUGAAUUUAUGCUGGGGUCAAGACCGUCGUGGUACUGGAGAUUCUGCUGGGCGUUCGUCACGCCCGUGCUGAUGAUCAUCAUUCUAGUGUACACGAUCGUUACUUACGAAUCACCCACGUACGACGGUGUACAAUUUCCACGAUACGCCUUAGGCAUUGGAUGGUUCCUGUUCUCUUUGGGAAUUCUCUUGAUCGUCGGUUUGAUGGUUCAGAAGCUGGUACAAAAGAGAUCGUCGUCGUUGAUCGAAACCGUCAAAGCAGCGUUCCGUCCUUCUGAAGAAAAGUGGGGCCCGAAAGAUCCCAAGAUCCGCCUGGAAUGGAAAGAAUUCAUCGCGGAGAGGAAUUUCAGUCAGCGAAGCGGUUUCGUGGAGACUUUUUUUAAAUAGUGUCAAAUAAAAUCGAAUUCUGU